AAGCCCGAUGUAGCUGAACAGCCAACUACCAUCUACGACUAAGAGACUAUUACAAUGGUGGAUGGCGGGAGGUCAAAAGUCGCCGAGAUCGUCCGUCAGGUCGAGCACGAGCUUGGAACCUUCGGUAUUCUCCUUGAAGGCCGGCUUGCCGAGGUGCGGGCAGGACGCGCAGCGGAAGGCGUCGCCCUUGCCGCAGUUGCCGCAGCUCGACGCGUCCGCCGGCGGCGGCGGCCGGACGCCGUCGCCCUCCGCUUCGAGUUGCUCCUUGCGGCCGCACGUGCAGUUCUCGCAGGGCUUCCGCGGGGCGCACUUCGCCGCCGCCUCGUCGACGGCCGGCGGCUCGAGCCCGUCCGCCGCGAGGAGCGCGUCCUCGUCCACCAAGUCGUCGUCGUCGCCGUCGACGCGCGCGACGGGCGGUGGCGCCCGCCGCCGCCGCCGCGCCGCCUUCUUCGGCGGUGCCAGCUUCGUCGCGACGAGCUGCGUCCCGUUUGCUUCGAGCGCGAAGCCGCCCAACAACAAAGCCAUGCGCGAGGCCUCGAGGUGCGCCGGCUCCGCGAAGUCGAUGGCCACGGCGCCGCCGUCGGCCAAACAGUUCUGGUAGGUCUUCACUUGAUCCGCGUCGAGGGGCGCCGGCGCGCGGACGCACAUGGAGGCCAUGGUUUUAUAAGGCGCGCGGCGUCUGGCGUCUCCGAGCAGGUGCCUACUAGUAGUGUGGCGUGCGGCGACGAGGCGGCGCGUGCGCUAGGGCGGCAGAGAGCGGAAACGUUUGCGUUUGCAGCGUCCUGGUGUCGGGCCUGGGCUCAGGCGAGGAUCGACGAGUUCGAGUUGCCGCGGCGGCGGAUUAACUAG